CAGAGGCCAUGGAGGACGAGGAGAGGCGGAAGAAACUGGAGGCCGGCCGAGCGAAGCUUGCUCAAUUUCGGCAAAAAAGAGCUCAAUCUGAAGGGCAGAAUCUUCCCAAGAAACAGAAAAAAAGGAAGAAAACCCCAAGCACUAUCCAGGAUGCGCCAGCCUAUCCUGCGGUGACUAUUGAUCAGCCACAGCCUGAUGAGAUGCUCGUAAACAGCUCUCAGGGCAUCGGUAGCACCACUGAGUGCACAGUGGUGAGAACUUUACACAGUGGAGAAAUAAUCAAGCAUGACCAUGGCCUCACUGUUGAACCAGAAAGUGAAAUUUCAACCACAGCAGAUGAUUAUAGUUCAGAGGUAAAUGGUUGCAGUUUUGUGAUGAGAACAGAAAAACCUGCAGAUUUAUUAAGGGAAGAAGAAUUUGGUGUUGAUUCCUAUUCUGAACAUGGAGCACAGUACAGUCAGACUCAUCUAGAGAGGAUGGAAAAUGAAUUGACUGAGAAGCAGCAUGAGAUUGAUGAGCUAAACAGAGAACUAGAGGAAAUGAGGGCUGCCUUUGGGACUGAAGGGCUGCAGCAGUUACAAGAAUUUGAAGCUGCCAUUAAACAAAGAGAUGGCAUCAUAACCCAGCUCACUGCUAACUUGCAGCAAGCAAGAAGAGAAAAAGAUGAGACAAUGAGAGAAUUUCUAGAGUUGACAGAACAAAGUCAAAAAUUGCAGAUUCAAUUCCAGCAUUUGCAGGCUAGUGAAACACUGAGAAACAGCACUCAUAGUAACACAGCGGCAGAUCUGCUGCAAGCAAAACAACAGAUCUUCACUCAUCAGCAAAAACUGGAAGAACAAGACCACCUACUCGAGGAUUAUCACAAAAAGAAAGAAGACUUCAAAAUGCAAAUUAGUUUCUUACAAGACAAAAUUAGAGCCUAUGAAAUGGAACAAAAUAAAAAAAUAGAAAACUCAAAUAAAGAAAUACAGGAAAAGGAUGAAAUCAUUGAAGAACUAAAUACAAGAAGAAUAGAAGAAGAAAAGAGAGCUCUCGAGCUGAAAGAGAAAGUGAUAGCAGCUGACAUGCUACUGGAAGAGUUACAGGAACAGAUCGUACAAAAGAACCAGGAGAUAAAACACAUGCAAUUAGAGCUGACUAAUUCUAAACAGAAAGAAAGACAGUGUUCUACGGAAGUACAGCAGUUAAUGGGGACAGUUGAAGAACUGCAAAAGAGAAAUCACAAGGAUAGCCAAUUUGAAAAUGAUAUUGUGCAAAGAAUGGAACAAGAAACACAAAGAAAGUUGGAACAACUCCAGGCAGAGCUAGAUGAAAUGUAUGGGCAGCAGAUAGUGCAGAUGAAACAAGAACUAAUAAAACAACACAUGUCACAGAUGGAAGAACUUAAAAUACGACAUAAAGGAGAAAUGGAGAAUGCUUUAAGGACACGUCCAGAUAGUACAGUUAAUGAAGAUCAAGUAAAGUUAAUGAAUAUGGCAAUAAAUGAACUGAAUAUAAAAUUGCAAGAUACUAACUCUCUAAAAGAAAAAUUCAGGGUAGAAUUAGGAGUCAUUUCCGGAGAAAAGACUGCUUUGCAAGGACAGCUUGAAGAUCUUUUAGAAGAAUUAAGCUUUUCCAGGGACCAGAUUCAGAGAGCUAGACAGACAAUAGCUGAACAAGAAAGUAAACUCCAGGAAGCGUACAAGUCUCUUAGUACAGUGGAUGACCUGAAAGCAGAGAUUGUGUCUGCAUCUGAAUCCAGGAAGGAACUGGAAUUAAAACAUGAAGCAGAAGUCACAAAUUACAAGAUAAAACUUGAAAUGUUAGAAAGAGAAAAGAAUGCUGUGUUGGACAGAAUGGCUGAAUCCCAAGAAGCUGAAUUAGAGAGGCUAAGAACACAGCUCCUCUUUAGUCAUGAAGAAGAACUUUCCAAACUGAAGGAAGAUUUAGAAAUUGAGCAUCGAAUAAACACUGAGAAACUUAAGGAUAACUUAGGCAUUCACUAUAAACAGCAGAUAGAUGGGUUACAGAAUGAAAUGAGUCAGAAGAUAGAAACCAUGCAGUUUGAAAAAGAUAAUUUGAUAACUAGACAGAAUCAACUACUUUUAGAAAUUUCAAAGCUAAAAGAUUUACAGCAAUCUCUCAUGAAUUCAAAAUCAGAAGAAAUGACUCUACAGAUCAAUGAACUGCAAAAAGAAAUCGAAAUACUAAGACAGGAAGAAAAGGAAAAGGGUACCCUUGAACAAGAAGUUCAAGAAUUACAACUUAAAACUGAGUUAUUGCAGAAACAAAUGAAAGAAAAAGAGAAAGACCUUCAAGAAAAAUUCACAGAACUUGAAGUAGAGAAUAGUGUUCUUAAAGAUGAAAAGAAAUCCCUUGAAGACAUGUUAAAAAUAUGUACUCCUGUUAGCCAAGAAGAAAGAUUCAUUUUCAUGGAGUACAAUAAUUCCAAACCCAAAGAGAGUAGCUGGCAAAAAGAAAUAGAUAGGCUCACAGAGGAAAAUGAGAACCUUAAAACACAAUGUAUUCAGCUAAAUGAAGAGAUUGAGAAACAAAGGAACACUUUUUCAUUUGCUGAAAAAAACUUUGAGGUUAAUUAUCAAGAGUUACAGGAGGAGUAUGCUUGUCUCCUCCAGGUAAAAACUGAUUUAGAAGGCAGUAAAACCAAACAAGAAAUAGAGUAUAAUAGGAAGCUUAAAGCACUUAAUGAAGAGCUCCAUCAUUUGCAGAAGAUAAAUCCAACUGUAGUAAAACCGAAAAGUUCCAUUUUUGACGAUGAUAAGACUUCUGUAGCAGAAACAGUGGAUAUAGGUGAAGUGGUUGAGAAAGAUGCCACAGAGCUUAUGGAAAAACUCGAGGUAACCGAGCGAGAAAAACUAGAACUGUCGGAGAGAUUGCGUGAGCUUUCAGAACAAUUAAAGCGGAGCCAUGGUGAGAUUUGUGUUUUAAGUGAAGAAGUUAAAUCUUUAAAACAUGAGAAAGAGCAAGUUUUAUUGCAAUGUAGAGAGCUAGAACUCAUAAUCAAACGGACAGAAAACCUAGGUAUGUUUGAUGGUCAGUCGAGUUCUAAAGAUGAAGUUGUGACUGUGACGAGCAGGAACACUAGAGACCCACUUUGUGAAAUAAGAAAAGGUUGUGGUGGCGAAUCAAAAGUAGUGGAAGAAGAUGAAACUCCUUUUGAAAAUAGGACUGCUGGUAAAGAAAGCAAACAAGAACCGUUAUUUUUGGAUGGCCUGCCGUCAGUGACAAAUGAAUGGACGCUUCGGACAGCUGAACCUAGUGACCACAGUGAACUUCAGCAGGAACUCCGUGCACUCAAAUUAGAGCAGGAUGAUUUAAGGCUACAGAUGGAAGCCCAACGUAUAUGCCUUUCGCUGGUUCAUUCCACUCAUGUGGAUCAGGUUCGUGAAUAUAUGGAAAAUGAAAAAGAUAAAGCUCUUUGCAGUCUUAAAGAGGAACUUACUUCUGCCCAAGAGGAAAUGGUCAGGGACCUUCAGAGAACACACCAGUUAGAGCUACUGAAUAUAAAAACCCAAGAAACAGAUGGCAGUCGUGAAAACAAAUUAUCCACUCUCCAAGAUCCUUCCAAAAUCAAACAACUUGAAGAGCAAGUUCAAAAAUUGGAAAUCCUCGCAUCCUCUUUGCAGCAACAAUUGAAAGAAACUGAAGAAAAUUAUGAAGCAGAGAUCCAUUCUUUAAAAAACAGGCUUCAGACUGUUAGUGAGUCCUCUCUUCACCCAAGCUUCCCUGUGGAUUCAAUGGUAAUGACUGAAUCUGAUGUGCAGAGGAGAGUUUAUACUGGAAAUUGUCUUCAACAGAACACUGAUGGUGCUGUAGAGCUUUCUGGUGAAUUUGGAGUAAGACAGGAAACAAAUAUGGCUAAGAUGCUGGAAAAGCAAUACCAAGAACAAUUAGAAGAAGAAGUAGCUAAGGUUAUUGUGUCAAUGAGUAUAGCAUUUGCUCAACAAACUGAGCUCUUGAGACUGUCUGGGGAUAAAGAAGAUACCAUACCAUCAGAACAAUCACAUGAUCUCUGUCAGCAAAAGCAACAACAGGUUUUAAAUAAAGUGAAAUUAUCACAGGAUCAUUUUGGUUUUCAGACUUCUGAAAUAACUGGCAUGAGAUUUAAAGAAGACUCUAAACCCCUAAGUAAGGAAUUAGGAGGAGAUGGAAAGCAAGGUCCAUUAUCAAAUACUGAUUACCUUGAUGCGAUCCUAGACUCGAAGGACUGUGAACUAACUAUUUCAGAAGAAAUGUUCUCCAAAGAUAAAACAUUUCUAUUUGGAGAAUCUAUCCCUGAUGGGAAUCUGGUGUCAAGCACGGAUGCUUCUAGACAACUAAUGUUAAAUGAAGAACAGUUAGAAGAUAUGAGGCAGGAGCUUGUUAGACAGUACCAAGAGCAUCAACAGGCAACAGAGCUGUUAAGGCAGGCACACAUGCACCAGAUGGAGAGACAGCGAGAAGACCAGGAACAACUACAAGAAGAGAUUAAGCGGCUCCACAGGCAAUUAGCCCAGAGAUCCUCAAUAGAUAAUGAAAACCUGGUUUCAGAAAGAGAGAGGGUACUUUUAGAGGAGCUGGAAGCACUAAAGCAGCUGUCUCUAGCUGGAAGAGAGAAGCUGUGUUGUGAGCUGCGCCACAGCAGUACGCAAACACAGAACGGAAAUGAAAACCAAGGGGAAAUUGAGGAACAAACCUCUAAAGAAAAGGAGUUGGACAGAAAACCGGAAGAUGUGCCAUCUGAUAUUUUGUCCAAUGAAAGGUAUGCACUCCAGAAAGCUAAUAGCAAACUUCUGAAGGUCCUCUUGGAGGUUGUAAAGACGACAGCAGCUGUUGAAGAGACAAUUGGUCGCCAUGUCCUUGGGAUUCUCGAUAGGUCUAAUAAAGGACCAGCAUCUGCCAGCCUAAUUUGGAGGUCCGACGCAGAAGCACCUAUAAAGUCAUGCGUUCAAGAGGAAGGCACAGGAGUUACAGAUGAAGCCAUAUCCUCUUAUUCUGGAAGUGAUAUGCCCAGCAAUGACGCUAGCGUGUGGGCCAAAGGCACUGAGGAAGGAACAGAGUUGUCACGAGGACUCGUGAGAAGUGGCCUGACUGGAACUGAAAUAGACCCUGAAAGUGAAGAACUCAUGCUGAACAUUAGUUCUCGAUUACAAGCCGCAGUUGAAAAACUUCUGGAAGCUAUAAGUGAAACUAGUAGUCAGCUCGAGCAUGCAAAAGUCACACAGACAGAGUUGAUGCGUGAGUCGUUCAGACAGAAGCAUGAAGCGACAGAGUCCCUCAAGUGCCAGGAAGAGCUGCGAGAGCGCCUUCAGGAAGAGUCUAGAGCCAGGGAGCAGCUGGCUGUAGAGCUCAGUAAGGCUGAGGGUGUCAUUGAUGGUUAUGCAGAUGAAAGAACUUACUUUGAAAGGCAGAUUCAGGAAAAGUCAGACAUCAUCGAUCGUCUUGAGCAGGAGUUGUUAUGUGCGGGUAAUAGAUUACAAGAGCUGGAAACAGAGCAGCAGCAGAUCCACGAGGAGAAAGAGUUACUGUCCAGACAGAAGGAGGCGAUGAAAGCAGAGGCAGGCCCCGCCGAGCAACAAUUACUACAGGAAACAGAAAAGCUAAUGAAAGAAAAACUAGAAGUGCAAUGUCAAGCUGAAAAGAUACGUGCUGACCUACAGAGACAAGUAAAAGCUCUAGAAGUAGAUGUUGAGGAACAAGUCAGUAAGUUUCUAGAGCUGGAACAGGAAAAAGGUGCUGAAUUGAUGGACCUCCGGCAACAAAACCAAGCACUGGAAAAGCAGUUAGAAAAAAUGAGGAAGUUUUUAGAUGAGCAAGCCAUUGACCGAGAACAUGAGAGAGAUGUUUUCCAACAAGAAAUACAGAAACUAGAACAGCAGCUUAAGGUUGUUCCUCGAUUCCAGCCUGUCAGUGAACACCAAACUAGAGAGGUUGAACAAUUAACAAAUCAUCUGAAAGAAAAAACUGACAGGUGCAGUGAGCUCUUACUAUCCAAAGAGCAGCUUCAGAGGGAUAUACAUGAACGAAAUGAAGAGAUUGAGAAACUGGAAUUCAGAGUAAGGGAACUAGAGCAAGCCCUGCUCAUUAGUGCCGACCCUUUUCAAAGGGUAGAGGAUCAAAAACAACUUGGAGCUGUAGACGCCAAAGCAGAACUGUCCCUCGAAGUGCAAUUGCAGGCUGAGCGCGAUGCCGUAGACAGAAAGGACAAAGAGAUCACAAACUUAGAAGAACAAUUAGAACAGUUUAGAGAAGAACUGGAAAAUAAGAAUGAAGAAGUUCAGCAACUGCAUAUGCAAUUAGAAAUACAGAAAAAGGAAUCCACUACCCGCUUGCAGGAACUUGAACAAGAAAACAAAUUGUUUAAGGACGAAAUGGAGAAACUGGGAUUUGCUGUCACAGAAUCUGAUUAUGUCUCUACUCAGGACCAACAUGUUCUCUUGGGGAAAUUUACUCAAAUAAUACAGGAAAAAGAGGUGGAAAUAAGUCAAUUGAAUGAACACAUUGCAAAACUUCAGCAGCAACUUAAAAUUACAACUGAUAAUAAGGUUAUUGAAGAAAAAAAUGAACUGAUAAGGAAUCUUGAAAUACAAAUAGAAUACUUGAUGAGUGAUCAAGAACAAGUAAAGAAAAAUAGAGACGAAGAAGUAGAAAAGCUCAAUGAAGUGAUUGAAAAACUUCAGCAAGAGUUGACAAAUAUUGACCAGAAAACAUCAGUAGAUGCCAAUUCCCUCCCGGAUGAAGCAGAUAGUUUAAAACAUCAGUUGGAUAUGGUAUUAGCUGAAAAGCAGGCUUUGGAAAAGCAAGUAGAAACGACAAAUGAAGAAAUGGCCUUCACAAAAAACGUACUUGAAGAAACCAAUUGUAAAAUGAAUCAGCUAGUGCAAGAAGUAUGUAGCUUAAAGAGAGAACGUGAAAACAUAAGACAAAGUACACCAGAGAAAAAUAUUAAUGUGCUUGUAGGUGAUUCCAGCAAAGACGAAACUGAGCUAGACAGAGUCUUUUCUAAGGGUGCUCUUAAACCCCUAGGAAAUCAGACUUACCCCACAUCUCUUGAAGAAAACAACCACAUACCCAUAAGCAAUUUGGAAGCAAAGUUGCUACAACUUGAGAGCACUGUUAGUGCAAAGGAUUUGGAACUCAUCCAGUGUUACAGACAAAUAAACGACAUGCGAGAGCAAGGGCGGUCUGAAGCAGAAACGCUUACAAAGAAGAUGGUAAACCUACAGAAAAUGCUUGAAGAAAAUGUUGCUGCUGCCCUUGUGAGUCAAGUCCAACUUAAGGCCGUUCAGGAAUAUGCUCAAUUUUAUCAAGAUACACCACCAAUUUCAUCAAAACCAGAAAGGACAGGUCAACAGAAUUUAAAUGAACUAACAGAAACAGAAAUGGAGUCAGAUGAGUCUGCCUUAACCUCGAGAAUCUCAGAAUUGGAAAGCCAGAUAGCUGAAAUGCAUUCUUGUUUAACUUUGGAAAAAGAACAAGUACAAAUCGCAGAGGAAAAGACUUUGGAGCAAGAAAAGAAGCUGCUGGAACUGCAGAAGCUGUUGGCGGACAGCAAACACAGGCGGGGAGAAGAUGAGUGGGAAAGAAGCCCUGAGGGGGCUCUGGCAGGCCCCGAGAAAACUACUGAGCUAUUUCACACCAAAGAAGGUAUAUGUUUUGGUGAACUUGAAACUCUUCGAGCUGAGGUGGCAGCUACCAAAGAAGAACUUGCCAGUUAUAAAGAAAAGGCAGAAAAACUUCAAGAAGAACUUCUGGUAAAAGAAACAAAUAUGACAUCUCUUCAGAAAGCGUUAAGUCAGGUUAGGGAUCAACUUGAAGAGGCAAAAGUGAAAUUAUCCUACUUAGAAAAAGAAGAUAAGACAAAGGAGCAAGAAAACAGACCGGACUGCAGCUUAGAGUCACGACCUGUCAAAGUGGGUAAGAGCUCUGCAUCGCAGACAGAUCGCACAGUCAAGAUCAAUAGCAGCGAGCAGACUCCACAAAUUGUUGUGAGAAAUGCAGGAAUCCAAAUUGAUUUACAGAAUGACUGUUCAUCAGAAGAAGUUGCUGAAAUAAUCGGUCAGUUUACUGAAAAAAUAGAACAAAUGCAAGAACUGCAUGCUGCUGAAAUUUUGGAUAUGGAAUCAAGACAUAUUUCAGAAACAGAAGCCUUAAAAAGGGAGCAUUUUGUUGCUGGUCAGUUGCUGACAGAGGAAUGCAAUACCUUGAAGGCAGUGAUACAAUGUCUGAGAACUAAAGAGGGAUCCUCAGUUCCUGAAUUAACACAUUCUGACACAUACCAAAAUAGAGAAAUCUGUUCCAGUGAUUCUGGAUCCGACUGGGGACAGGGAAUUUAUCUUACACAAAGUCAGGGAUUUGAUGCAGCAUCGGAAGGCCAAGCAGAUGAAGGUGAAAGUUCAACAGAUGCAUUUCCAAAGAAAAUAAAGGGAUUACUGAGAGCUGUUCAUAAUGAAGGCAUGCAGGUACUCUCUCUGACCGAAUCUCCCUACAGUGAUGGAGAGGACCGUUCUGUUCAACAAGUUUCAGAAUCUUGGCUAGAAGAAAGAAGAGCUUACCUCAGUACAAUUGCAUCUCUUAAGAAUUUAAUUACCAAAAUGCAGGUGCAAAGAGUAACUGAGGCUUAUGAUAGUUCUCCACCUCAAGAGAACGUCUCAGACUGGCGAGGCGAAUUUCUGAUUGCCCUUCAGCAAGUUUUCUUAAAGGAGCGCAGUGUGUUACUAGCUGCAUUUCAGACUGAGCUGGUGGCCCUAGGCACCAAAGAUGCAUUUGGCUUAUUACACUGUUUGGAACAGAGAAUACAAGAACAGAGCCUUGAAUAUCGAGCAGCGAUGGAAUGUCUCCAGAAAGCAGAUAGAAGGAGUUUGUUAUCAGAAAUUCAUGCACUGCAUGCUCAGAUGAUUGACAGGACAAUGAGUAUGAAGAGAGAGCAAGAAGGGGACCCAUCAAGCCAAGAACUUCUGGAAUUGAAUGUGCAGCAGAAGCAGUCUCAGAUGCUGGACAUGCAAGUGGAACUCCGCGGUGUGAGGGACAGAGCAGCAGAACUCCAGGAGCAGCUGAGUUCCGAAAAGAUGGCGGUUGCUGAGCUAAAGAAUGAACUCGCACAAACUCAACUGGAGCUUGAAACAACACUCAAGGCGCAGCACAAGCGCUUAAAGGAAUUGGAGGCACUCAGGUUGGAAGUUAAAGAAAAAACAGAUGAAGUGCACUUGCUUAAUGAUACAUUAGCAAGUGAACAGAAAAAAUCCAGAGAGCUGCAGUGGGCUCUGGAGAAAGAGAGAGCCAAAUUAGGACGCAGUGAAGAACGGGAGAAGGAAGAACUUGAGGAUCUCAGAUUUUCACUUGAGGGUCAGAAACAAAAGACUGUUCAGCUAAAUCUACUUUUAGAACAACAGAAACAACUGCUAAAUGAAUCACAGCAGAAAAUAGAGUCACAAAAGUUGCUGUAUGACACCCAGCUAUCAGAAGAACAAGGUCGAAACUUAGAGCUUCAAGUACUUCUUGAAUCUGAGAAAGUUCGAAUUCAGGAAAUGAGAAGUACCUUGGACAGAGAACGGGAUUUGCAUGCCCAGCUACAGAUCAACAGUGAGAGCGGGCAGCCUCGGCCCGCUGUUCCCUCUGAGGACCUACUGAAAGAGCUACAGAAAGAGCUAGAAGAGAAGCACAGGCGGAUAGUGGAACUGUUAAGUGAGACUGAGAAAUACAAGCUGGACUCUCUGCACACAAGGCAGCAAAUGGAAAAGGAUAGGCAGGUUCAUCGAAAGACUCUACAAACCGAGCAAGAGGCCAACACUGAGGGACAGAGAAAAAUGCAUGAGCUCCAGUGCAAAGUGGAAGACCUUCAGCGGCAGCUGGAGGAGAAACGGCAGCAAGUUUAUAAGUUAGGCCUGGAAGGACAGCGGCUGCAAGGGGUCAUGCAGGACUUCCAGAAGCAAGAACUAGGGCGAGAAGAAAAGCGAGAGAGUAGAAGAAUUGUCUAUCAGAAUCUUAAUGAGCCACCCACAUGGAGUAUGACCAGUGAUCGAACGAGAAAUUGGGUUCUUCAGCAGAAAAUAGAAGGAGAGACGAAACAAUCAGGUUAUCCUAACCUGAUUGAAAUGAACGGAGGAGGAAUUGGCUGUAAUUAUGAAUUAGAAAUGAUCAGACAAAAGCUUCAAUGUAUGGUGUCAAAAUUACAACAUCUGGCUCAGAAAGCUUCUAGCAGACUACAGUUUGAAACAGCAGAUGAUGAAGAUUUCAUUUGGCUUCUGGGAAACAUCGACGGAGUUAUUUUGCAACUACAGAAAUUAAUUGACCAGCCAGCCGAAGAGCCCAGUUUAGUUUCCCCAAACACUGCCUGUGGCUCAUUGACCGAAGGACUCCUGCGACAGAAUGCUGAGCUGACAGGACACAUCAGGCAGCUGACCGAAGAAAAGAAUGAUUUAAGGAACAUGCUGAUGAAGCUGGAAGAGCAGCUCAAGUGGUAUCGACAGACAGGACCUGGUAGAGGUUAUUCAGCCAGGUUCUCCUACGGUGGUGCUGCCAACAUCGAUGCUGUAAUUGCUUCCGAAAAAGAAAUCUGGACUAGAGAAAAGUUGGCUCUCCAGAAAUCCUUGAAAAGGGCAGAAGCUGAAGUCUACAAACUGAAAGCUGAACUGAGAAAUGAAGCUUUACUUCAAAAUCUGAGCCCUGAUUCUGAGCAUGCCACUUUAAAGAGAGUGUAUGGUAAGUACCUGAGAGCAGAAAGCUUCCGGAAAGCGCUGAUCUAUCAGAAGAAGUACCUGUUGCUCUUACUGGGAGGCUUCCAGGAAUGUGAAGACGCCACCCUGGCCCUGCUCGCCCGCAUGGGAGGGCGGCCAGCCUUCACGGAUCUACAGGUGAUCACCAACCGCCCCAAGGGCUUCACCAGGUUCCGGUCCGCGGUCCGGGUGUCCAUGGCCAUAUCGAGAAUGAAGUUUCUGGUUCGAAGAUGGCACCGCGUCACAGGUUCUGGUCCCAUCAAUAUUAAUAGGGAUGGCUUUGGACUGAAUCCAGGUGCUGAAAAGACCAAUCCAUUUUAUCAUUCUUCUGGUGGAUUAGAGCUAUAUGGAGAUCCAAGACAUAAUGCAUAUCGAGCACAAUCAGAGCUGGACUAUCCCAGGUCUCCUCUACCGUUUCAAAAUAGGUACCCAGGCCUUCCUGCUGAUUUAAACCCAGGCUCCCUAGCAUGUUCUCAGCUUCAGAAUUAUGAUCCUGACAGAGCCCUGACAGAUUACAUCACUCGGCUGGAGGCGCUGCAGAGACGACUGGGCACUGUGCAAUCAGGUUCAAGCACUCAGUUUCAUGCUGGCAUGAGAAGAUAAUCCUUUGAAAACAUCAUUAAUCAAAGUGAUUUUUGAGCAAACUUCCUUUUGUAAAUCACUGGUUCUUUUGUGCUUUUGUAUUGUGUCUAUUCAAUGGGACCAUUAGGAACACAGCUUAUGAUUGUAUGCAAAUCCCCUGCCAGCACAUAGAAACUGGAAAUUUGUAUAUAAGCAUUGUGUAUGUAUUCAUGCACAAUAAUCAUUAAAUUACCUGUAUAUUUGUGGAAUGCUAAUUUAAACGGUUAAGUUAUAAAAUAUUGUGUAUUUAUCAAAUGGGUGAAAAGAUUAAACUUUUGCACAUUGAUACUGAUGACGGUAGCUGGAGCUGUCCUGCACUUUUCUUAAAAGGCUACUGAAGUUACAUGUUUCUGCUCAUGUAUUUGCUACUGGUGAUACAGACAGAAAAGAUCACUUGUAGAGACCUAUUUUUGUAUAAUGGUAGAAGUUUUGGAUUUUACGGGGUAUUUUGUCAAGUCCUAAAAUAAAAAUUACAUCACCAUUUUAA